AGAGCGCGAGCGAAGGGGGGGGAAAUCCAUUUACUCAGUAUAGUGCCCAGCGGUACCGAACACGCCUCCAGGCUGGGAAACGACAGUUUGCGACGGAGAAGGAAACUCCAUCAGCUGAGGGGGAAAGCAGAGAAGAAGGGGAGACCCUGCGACGCUAGAGUGACCAUGGUUGGCGAACGCCGCAAUGGGAACCUGCUGGUGCAGCUGGGUCCCAAGCAGCAAGCCUAUCCUGAGGAACUCAUCCGCCAGCGGCGUACAUAUGAUGGCCAGACAGAGUACCUGAUCCGCUGGAGCCUGAUCCCUGUGGAGGAGGGCGGUGGCUCUGGAGGCGGAGCAAGCGAGGCAGGCAGCGGAGGUGCUGGCAGCUCUGGCUCGGGCAGCUGUCCUUCUGGGGAAAGCAAGGCGGAGAACAUCCUGAUGUGGAUGUCAACGGAGGACGUUUAUGCUAACUGCCCCACGCUCCUGGGGAAGCGCAAAGCAGAUGCCCAAAGGCCUUUGAAGGAGGAGCAACCUAGCAGCGAGUUUCCAGCCGAUGUCACGUUUGACGAGGUGGAGCUCUCCGACAUGAAGGAUGAUGUAAAGAACCUGGUUCGGCGGGCACGGAAGCAGAUGUCCAAGAAAAGUGACCUGUCCAUCAGUAUCACGCAUACCAUCCAUGUGCUGAGCGCCUACGCCAGCAUAGGCUCCCUGGUGGGCGUGUUCAAGGAGACGGGAGCACUGGACCUGCUCAUGGAGCUGCUGUGCAACAAGGAGAGACAGACACGCCGCAGUGCAGGAAAGAUGCUUCGGGCAUUGGCCUCCCACGAUGCAGGGAGCAGAGCCUAUGUCCUCCUGUCUCUCAGCCAGCAGGAUGGCAUUGAGCAGCACAUGGACUUUGACAACCGCUACACCCUCUUGGAGCUGUUUGCUGAAACCACCUCCUCGGAGGAGCAUGGUAUCUCCUUUGAGGGGAUCCACCUGCCUCAGAUCCCAGGAAAACUGCUGUUCUCACUGGUGAAGCGGUACCUCUGUGUCACAUCUUUGAUGGACAAGCUCAGCACGGUGGGGGCAGAUACCAACUUGGAGCGGCAAGAAGGCGGUCCCUCCAGCUCCUCCUCUUCUCUUUCCUCAUCAGGGGUGGGCCAUCAGACAGAGCAGUCACGGGUGCAGCGCGAGUUUGAGUUCACCAUGGCCAUGGCCAACCUCAUCUCAGAGCUGGUGCGCGUUAUGGGCUGGGACCGCAACCGGCAGCCACCCCUUGAAGGCUCUUCACCAAGUCCUGGAGGGGAAGAGCCACCCCGCCCUCUCCGUUCAAUCUUUCAGCCUCGCUUCUCUACCCCACCCAUAAUGGCAGUUUCUCCACCCAAGAAAAAAGUGACCAACAGUUUUAAGACCCGCACUGACUUUGCUAGUCGCACCGCCUACGUAGAGUAUGUGCAGGACAACUUGAAAGGAGGAAUGCUGGUUCGCAUGCUUGAAGACUACGAGGAGGUCAGCGCUGGUGAUGAGGGAGAAUUUCGUUACAGUAAUGAUGGCUCGCCUCCCGUGCAGGUAUACUGGAACUCCCUUUCCCGCACAUACUGGGUGCACUGGCAUAUGAUCGAGAUCCUAGCUGGUGGCACCAGUGGGCAGGCGGAGAAGGAAACGCAGGAGAAGGCUUCCUCGCUCACAGAGACGCUAAAGCUCACUGCACUAAGCCAAACAUUUUUCUCUAAGCCCCCGGGGGGCUUAUACUCACUGCCAUACCUCUGUGAGGGGCUUGGGGAGGACAGCCAGAUGCUGAGCCGAGCUGAGUGGUGGGAGGUUUUGUUCUUCGUCAAGAAACUGGAGCCCAAGCAGCAGCAAGAGCUUCUGAACCUGCUGCGACAGAGCUUGGAUGACCAGAUGUCUGAGCUGGAUGACGCAACACUGAUCCAGCUCUCUGUGCCAGUGGGGGCUGCCCAGAAGCUACUGCACUACCUGAAGCAGACUCUGCAGACAUCCUGCCUGUGUGACCUGCUCUGCUCGCACACCUUUGUCAAACACUAUCUGCGCCGUGGUGGCCUGGAUGAUGAUGUUCUACACAGGACUGUCAGCCCCAUGGACUUGGACCCACAGAGCCCCGAGCAGGCCUCGUCUUCUAUGGGGGUGCUGGGCUCUGUCUCAAAGAAGCCCAAGAAGGAGAUUCCAGCUGAGAUGGGUAGCAACAGCAGCUGUGAUGCGGAGAAUGAACUGCCCGUAGAGGAUGAUGCAAAGGGACCCGAAGACCUGGAGGAGAAGAUGAAAGUGUUCAACAACCCCAAGAUCCAAGGGAAGAAGAGCUCUCUGGAGAAACUUGGGGAAGUGGUGGACAUAAUCAAAAAGAGUGGCUCGGACCCCGGGCAACAACUGGCUGGCAUGAAGUUCAUUCUUCGGCUGCUCGAUGAAGAAGGCCCCCAGGAGAGGAGCACCCUGAGGACGGACUCUGCUCAGACAAUCCGGGACAAGAUAUUAAAACUCCUGGUUGAGAUGUUGGGCAGCCAACCCAUGGAGAACGUGCUAACUGCCUUGCGGCUGGUACGGGCCCUCAUGCUAAAAUAUGAGUGGAGGGUCUCUUUUGCCACAGAGGGUGGUGUUAAGGCAAUCCUGUCCUGCAUGCAGGAGCACCCCAGCUGUAUUCAGGUCCAGCAAAUUGCCCUGGCUGCUCUGAAAGUGAUUACAGGUGCCAGCAAGCAUGACAGCCACAGCACAGGUGGCUGCCUACCGCUUUCUGAGUCUGGAACACAGAUGAUGCUGGAGAUCUUUGCCAGCAUUGGCUCUGCCACCCCUGAGGGCUCCAAAGGUCUUCUUGGAGCCAUCCCUGCUGCCAUCGAGUUACUGCUCAACACACCAGGGUGCACAUUGGCAGUGCGCAACGGCCUGCUAGUGAUCAUCUGGCUGAUCUCUAGCCAUAAAAGUCUUGCAGAGCAACUGGUGGCCUGUGAUGUGAGCGCUGUGCUCAAGAAGUGCUUGUCAGCCGCCCGGGCGGAGAGCACUUUGGCAAUCGUCGCACUCAACCACAUAUCCCUGGUCCACAAGCUGGAGAAGAGAGAGUCUAGAGAGGAGCUGAACUUCAAGGACACGGAACUGAAGAUGCUGGUGGUGAGCCUGAAGGAGAUGACGGCCACCAAGGAGGUAAUAAUGACAUUGGAGCAACUGCUGUGUAACAGUGCCUCCCAACUGGAAGAGGAGUGUGCCCAAGUGACCCGCAGCAAGGACACCUUCCAAGAUCUGGUGCGGCUGAUGGACCAACACCGACCAGACCGGGCCGCCCAGCUCUCCAUUCUGAGCAUUUUAAAUAAGUUCUUGGACAACUACCAGGAAGAUCUGCUGCCUUGGCACGAGUGCAUUGAGCCGUGCCUGUCGUCAAUGUCCGCUUUCAUCAACGAUAGAGAGGUGGUGCAGCCCUUUGUCCGCUUCUUGUACCGACUCGCCACGCUGAACAAGGACUAUGCGGUGGUGAUGUGCCGACUGGGGACCAAGGAUGCUCUGGUGAAGGUUCUGGACAAGCACAGCACCAGUUUGCUGCUGGCAACCGAGUUGCGGGACCUCAUUGGUGACUGCGAGAAGUAUGCCAGCCUCUACAAGAAAAUGACCACCAGUAUUCUGGCUGGGUGCAUACAGAUGGUGCUGGGUCAAAUUGAAGAACAUCGCCGAAGCCACCAGCCAAUCAAUAUCCCCUUCUUUGACGUGUUUCUGCGGAACUUGUGCCAAGGGUCCAGCGUAGAGCUGAAGGAGGACAAAUGCUGGGAGAAGGUGGAGGUUUCCUCCAACCACCACCGUGCCAGUAAGCUCACUGACAAGAACCCCAAAACCUAUUGGGAAUCCAACGGCUGUACAGGUUCCCAUUUCAUCAAUAUCUACAUGCACAAGGGGGUGGUGAUUAGGCAACUGGCUGUGCUGGUGGCCAGUGAAGACUCGAGCUACAUGCCAGCCCGCAUAGUUGUAUUGGGCGGCGAUGACCCCACAAACAUCAACACUGAGCUCAACACGGUUAACGUUCCUCCGUCAGCCAGCCGCAUUGUCCUGCUGGAGAACAUGACCCGUUUCUGGCCUAUUGUACAGAUUAGAAUCAAGAGGUGUCAGCAGGGUGGCAUUGACACGAGAGUGCAUGGCUUUGAGGUGCUUGGACCCAAGCCUACCUUCUGGCCAGUGUUCAAGGAGCAGUUGUGCUGUCGCACCUACCUCUUUUAUACCACGAAGGCCCACACCUGGUGCCAGGAAAUCUUGGAGGACAAGGGGCAGCUGCUGCAACUUUUUAAUAAGCUCAAUAGCGCCCUCAGACAUGAACAGAUGUUUGCAGACCGCUUCCUUCCAGAUGCGGAGGCUGCUGAGGCCUUGGGCCGCACCUGCUGGGAAGCCCUGAUCAUGCCUAUUGUGCAUAGCAUCACUGUCUCAGACACAAAGGUUCCUAGCCCACUCGCUUGGUUGCUUAGCGAGUACCUGGACAAUGCUGAGCUGGCCAAACGUUGCAAGAGCCGAGCAGCCAUCUUUAACUCUCGCGUGCGGCGCCUCACCCACCUGCUCGUCCACGUCGACACCAGCCGAGUGGACACCGAGGAACUUAAGCCCCCCGUGAAGUCCAAAGGUAUCAACCGAAGCAAAGAUUUGAAGAAUGGAAAAGAGGCGAAGAACAAAGAUGUGGCCUUAACCUCUGCUGCCUCCUCCAGCUCUGGAGUCAAGCCCAAGGUGAAGAACACCAGCAGCAUUGCAGGCAUAGCCCAGUGCUGGCAAGGAGUGGUCCAGCAGCAGGUGAAGAAGUUUCUGGACUCUGCCUGUAAUUUGGAAGACUUUGUAGAGCGGUACCGGAACAUGUACCUGCAGCUGAAGAACGGUAUGGAGGAGUUAUUUGGCCAGCAGACAGCUUUUGUGCUGGCGCUGCGUCAGGGCUUCUCUGCUGCGCUGCUGCAGCUCUCCAUCCUCACCGCGAUGCAUGUGAGCGAGCGCUUCGCCCAAUACAUCGACCAAAUGAUUCAAGAGAGCGGGGUGGAGUCCGGCAACGUGGAGACGCUCAACCAACUGCAGCAGUUUCUAGAGCCCAUGCUGUUCCUCUCUGGCCUAGAGCUCGCCAAUACCUUUGAGCACUUCUACAGGUACUACCUGGGUGACCGGCUCCUGGGCCAGGGUAAGGUGUGGCUGGAGAGUGCAGUGAUUGAACAGAUUGGCACCUGCUUCCCCAACCGCUUCCCUCAGCAGAUGCUGAAGAACCUGAGCGAGUCUGAGGAACUUCAGCAGGAAUUCCAUCUGUACCGGCUGCAGCAGCUGGAUAAGUCGCUGCUAGACGUGGACGAGGAGAUGAUGGAGGAGCAGCCAUCGGGACUGGAGGAGGAGAGUGAGGUGAAGGUGCUGGUACUCUCUCCACGAUGCUGGGCUGUCUCCUCAGCUUGCUACUUGGAGACCCCGGAGAAGUUUUUCCCCAAACAGCUUUGCAGCUACCUGGCAGAAUUCACAGACUUCUAUGCAAACAGCCAGAGCAUGUACAGCCUGACUCAUAGCAAGCCUAGACGGUUGCAGUGGACCUGGCUGGGCCAUGCUGAGCUGACCUAUGUUUCCUGUACACUGUAUGUGUCCACAGUGCAGAUGUACAUUUUGCUGCAGUUCAACCACCAGGAGGAGGUGUCUGUGGAGGCCGUCCAGCAAGCCACGGGUCUUCCACCUGAGGUGCUGCUCCAGGCGCUGAAGCCCCUGACUUCAGAGAAGGGCAUUCUGGUCCAGACUGGCUCCACCCAGAGCCUCACAAAAAGGUUUUUGAGGCUUAACAAACAUGCCCUGUCAAAGGGCUUAGAUGGCCACAGCUACCUUUAUCUGCUGCCCAAGCAGACCUACGUGAAUGUGAACGAGGAUGCUGCUAGUACACUCGAGCGGAAGAGGAACUACAUCUACUGCCUCAUUGUGCAAAUUAUGAAGGCUGAGAAGGAGAUGCACAUUGACAACCUAGUCUUCAGGGUGUUGGACGUCUGUCAGAAGCAGGAGGCGCUGAAGCCUGCUAACACUGUCCGCUUCAGCUGCAGUACCACCGACGUACUCUCCUGCAUCAUGCAUGUCAUUAGCAAGGGCUACUUGAGGCGCAACGAGGAAAAUCCGCACAUUGUGGAAUACCUACCUGAGGACCCCAGCACUCCCCAGAAGGGUCAAGCACACAUUUCAUUUGGCCAGACAGAGAUCAAGAAAGGAGCCGCCGCCAGCAGCAGCAGCAGCAGCAGCAGGCAGGCCAUCAGCCUGGGGCCUCUCUUCACAGCCCCUGAGCGAGCAGAAGACGGCGUCCUGGACGUUGUACUCUUCUCCAUGGGCCGCACCAUGACCCAGGAUGAAGUGCGGCAGCUGAUGAGGCGGACAGUCCAGCAGGUCUCCAGCACCCUGAGCCUCGACCUGGACCGAGCUGAGCACUUGCUGGUGCACUGCAAAUGGAACGUGGACCUGCUGAUUCAGCGCUACACCGAUGACCCGGAUGCUCUUUUCCUGGCUGCGGGCCUCAAGGGGCGUAAUCCCCAACCACCCCCGAGCCCUGCCUCCCAUUGCCCCGUCUGCCUGAUCCCCCAGUCGGGGGAGGCCGAUCUCAACCCCGCUCUCUGCUGCAUGCAUUACUGUUGUCGGUCCUGCUGGCAGAAGUACCUGACAGCCAGGAUUGAGCAGAACCUGGUGAUGCACUGUAACUGUCCGAUCACAGACUGUCGUGCCCAGCCCACCUCUCAGUUCUUCUACAGUAUCCUGACUGACAGGGACAUCAUUGCCAAGUACGAGAAUGCGCUCCUCCGGGGCUACGUGGAAUGCUGCUCCAACCUGACCUGGUGCACGAACCCCCAGGGCUGUGACCAGAUCUUGUGCAAGGAGAAUAUUGGUAGCAUGGGCACAUGCUCCAAGUGUUGCUGGUCUUCCUGCUUCAGCUGCAAUUUCCCAGAGGCCCAUUACCCGGCAAGCUGCAGUCACAUGUCGCAGUGGAUGGACGACGGCGGUUACUACGAGGGCAUGAGCAUGGAGGCACAGAGCAAGCACUUGGCCAAGCUUAUUUCCAAGCGCUGCCCUAGCUGCCAGGCUCAAAUUGAAAAGAAUGAGGGCUGCCUGCAUAUGACUUGUGCCAAAUGCAACCAUGGAUUCUGCUGGCGGUGUCUCAAACCGUGGAAACCGACACACAAAGAUUAUUACAACUGUUCUGCCAUGGUGAGUAAAGCUGCACGUCAAGAGAAGAAAUUCCAGGACUACAAUGAAAGAUGCACUUUCCAUAAUCAGGCUAAGGACUUCGCCAUCAAUCUGGAGAAUAAGGUCUCAUCAAUCAACGAAGCCCUGCAGAUGAAGUCUCUGACAUUUGUUAUUGAUGCCUGUAAAAUCCUAGCUCAGGCUCGCAAGGUUCUAGCUUACUCAUGUGUUUACAGCUAUUACAACCAGGACACUGAGAAGAUGGAUGUGAUGGAGCAGCAGACUGAAGCUUUGGAUCUCCACACCAAUGCACUGCAGAUCCUUUUGGAGGAAACGCUGCUCCAAUGCACUGACCUGGCAUCCUGCGUGCGGCUGCUGAAACCCGAGCACAUCAACACUGGCCUGGAACUCAUCCGGCGCAUCCAGGAACGUCUAGUGGCUAUCCUGCAGCACUCCACACAGGACUUCAGAGUAGGCUACCAGUCUAAGACGGGAGCUGACCAGGAGGCUGCUCAGGCUUCGAACUUAACUAACCACACAGACUCUAACAAGGAGGUGAAGUCAGAUGGUGGUUCAGACACUGGUGAUUCUGACAACAACAACAACACAGUGGAGGAUGGUGGAGAUGGUGAGGAGGAUGACGACCAGUACGAUGACGAGUACGUCCCAGAAUGGCACGAGGACUAUGAUGAAGACGACAUUGAUGAAGACGACUUCUUCUCUGAAGACGACGAAUCUGAGAACCUAGAAAGAGACUUCAGCCCGUAUGACUGAGUGUAUUUGGGGGUGGGUAAACAAAUUAGGCUGUUACACUCAUUGUCUACCAGUGCUUAUAACACAUAUGAAGCAUUUCACCUGAAAGGAAGCACUGCUUCACGAUUUAGAUGAGAGGUGGGCAGAGAAUGUUUUCUCUUAAGAGAAGAAAAAAACUUCUUCAGACUUAUGUUUCCAUUUUUCUUUGUCAAUGAUAACUUCAGAAGUGACAAGAUUGCGCUUUUUUCCAUUCAUUUUAUCAAAGAACAUUUGCAUUUGUCCUUAAAAACUAAGUUUAUAAUAUGAAUCAAUCUUACCUAGUUGUACACGUACACCAAGAUGAUGUUAAUCUGACUUAUGAGCUUGGCAGGGGAAUCCUUUAUAGAGGGAAUUGUGGAGGGUUUGCUGUUAUUGCAGCUGCAGCUCUUGGUUCAGUACAACUGUUGCCUACUUUUUUUGUUUUUGUCCAGAGGAUUCAAUAAGUAAGGGAUGAGUAACAUAGCCUGAAUAGACCUUUAUGUUACUUCUGGGUAUUUAUUUUAUACCAGUUGAAAAGCAUUGACUUGCAAGGUUCAUAAUAUAUUAUUUCUUAGCACAAAUAUUGCCUUUAAAAAAAGGACAAAUGUUAUGCCUUGGUAAAUAAAAAAUGAGCUUGUGACUUUAUUCAGUUAUGUGAUGAUUGAAGGUUGGGGAAAAAAGAAUGCUGACUGAAGAAAAGACAUUUUAAGCGUGUAUAUAUUGAAGGGCUACAAGAAACCCGAAUGAUCGUGUCUAAUGUCUGACUGACUUGAGAAAAGUGUAAAAUCUGUUGAGAAUGAGAACACUUAAGGGUGUCAAUUAGCCUACCAAAGAAAUGGAUGAAUCGGAUGGAAGCAUCAAGUGUGUCAGCUCUACCAAGGUCUCACGGCAAUAAUUUGAAUUCCUUAGUUCCUGAAUUGCAUUCUUUGCUAAGCAGAAAUUUUAAGUUACUAGCUUUUUUCUUUUUUUCCUUGAAAAAAAAAAAAAUUAUAGUAUUUGGACAUGUUAAUGUUCACUUAUGUAGAGAAGAAAUUGCAGAUAUCAUGCAAUGUUCAUCUUGGAAGUUGCUGUAAGUUGAGAUAUCCUUAUAUAUUCAUAUAUUGUUCAUCUACUACAAUGUUCUAUCUUUCUGAAUUAAAGCUGAAGUUGUGCA